ACCCGAGCCAUCGUUCACCAAGCCGCGACCGAGAGUUCUGCCACGGUUUCCCGGCCUUAAGGCGUGGGCGAGUGCACGAGUGUUACAGAAAGCGCCUGGUCCGGGGGGUCGCGCACUGAUCGGGAGGGAGGGGGGAGUAUCCCUGGGAACCCGGCAGGCGCGGCCGCGGGCACGUUCAGGGUUUGCAGACCGCGGCGUGCGGGGGAUGCAGUAGCUCCUCCUCGCGCGCAGGGGGCGAGCUGGCGCGCCCCAAGGCCCUCUCCGGCGGGGAACCUGCGCGGGGCUCGGCUCGCCUCGGCUCGCUUCGGCUGCGCUCGGCAGGCUGCGGUAAAUCCGGGCUUGCGGCGGCUGGCAAAGGCUGCGGCCCGGUGGUCCCCGCUGCGCGCCCUGGAGCCCCGAGAGCCAUGCAGAUGUCCUACGCCAUCCGGUGCGCCUUCUACCAGCUGCUUCUGGCCGCGCUGAUGCUGGUGGCGAUGCUGCAGCUGCUCUACCUGUCGCUGUUGUCCGGGCUACAUGGGCAGGAGGAGCAAGACCAGUAUUUCGAGUUCUUUCCCCCGUCCCCGCGGUCCGUGGACCAGGUCAAGGCGCAGCUCCGCACCGCUCUGGCCUCUGGGGGCGUCCUGGACGCCAGUGGCGACUACCGCGUCUACAGGGGCCUACUGAAGACCACCAUGGACCCCAAUGAUGUGAUCCUGGCCACGCACGCCAGCGUGGACAACCUGCUGCACCUGUCGGGCCUGUUGGAGCGCUGGGAGGGCCCGCUCUCCGUGUCGGUGUUCGCGGCCACCAAGGAGGAGGCGCAGCUAGCCACGGUGCUGACCUACGCGCUGAGCAGCCACUGCCCCGAUAUGCGCGCCCGGGUCGCCAUGCACCUUGUGUGCCCCUCGCGCUAUGAGGCCGCUGUGCCUGAUCCCCGGGAGCCGGGGGAGUUUGCCCUGCUGCGGUCCUGCCAGGAGGUCUUUGACAAGCUAGCCAGGGUGGCCCAGCCCGGGAUCAACUAUGCGCUGGGCACCAAUGUCUCCUAUCCCAAUAACCUGCUGAGGAAUCUGGCUCGGGAAGGGGCCAACUAUGCCCUGGUAAUCGAUGUGGACAUGGUGCCCAGUGAGGGGCUGUGGAGGGGCCUUCGGGAAAUGCUGGAUCAGAGCAAGCAGUGGGCGGGCACAGCACUGGUGGUGCCCGCCUUCGAGAUCCGCCGAGCCCGCCGCAUGCCCACGAACAAGAACGAGCUGUUGCAGCUCUACCAAGUGGGCGAGGUGCGGCCCUUCUAUUAUGGGCUGUGCACGCCCUGCCAGGCGCCCACCAACUACUCCCGCUGGGUCAACCUGCCAGAAGAGAGCUUGCUGAGGCCUGCCUAUGUGGUGCCCUGGCAGGACCCCUGGGAACCAUUCUACGUGGCCGGAGGCAAGGUGCCCACUUUCGACGAGCGCUUUCGCCAGUAUGGCUUCAAUCGGAUCAGCCAGGCCUGUGAGCUGCACGUGGCAGGAUUUGAUUUCGAGGUGCUCAACGAAGGUUUCCUGGUUCAUAAGGGCUUCAAGGAAGCUUUGAAGUUCCAUCCCCAAAAGGAGGCCGAAAAUCAGCACAAUAAGAUCCUUUACCGCCAGUUCAAACAGGAGUUGAAGGCCAAGUACCCCGACUCCCCUCGUCACUGCUGAGCCUUUCUCUCCCCUAGUCAGAGAAGUCUCAGCCUCUUCCCUCCUUAGGCCGUCCCUCAGGCCUGACAGGAGGAAGAAAUGUCACUCCACUUUACAGUGGUAGCUGUGAUGUUGGAACACUGGACUUGAAUACGGGGUGCUGGGAUCAAGUCCUGGCUUUACCACUAACUAGCUGUGUGGCCUUGAGCAAAUCCCACUUCCUCUCUGAGCCUCAGUUAUCCCGUCUGUAAAAAGGGAGGUGAGCACACCUACCUCACAGAACUGUCGGGAGGCUCAGAUGAGAUGCUAUAUAUGUGAACCAUUCUGUAAGCUUCGUACAAAUGUGAAGUAUUAUUAAUAUUAUUACAGUAUUAUUGUUAUUAUUAUUAUUAACAAUCUGGGGUGGGUGGGCAGUAGGAGAGUGAAAAGUAUGAAUGGGGCAGAACUGAGAAGUCUGAGUACUUAACAAAAUGGACUUUUUGGGGAA